CUUUUGGUAUACAAAUCAGGUCUCUUACUCUCCGAUCUCAACAGCUCCAAGACGGGUGGUUUACUUGCAGUCUGUAAAGCCUAUUCUGAUAGCUCCUAUCGGUCGUAGCACCCGCCGCCAUGUCUACUUCUGCCCGCCGUCGUCUCAUGCGUGACUUCAAGCGCAUGCAGACUGACCCUCCUGCCGGCGUCUCAGCAUCUCCAGUAGCUGACAAUGUCAUGACCUGGAAUGCCGUCAUCAUUGGCCCCGCCGAUACCCCGUUCGAAGAUGGUACAUUCCGCUUGGUCAUGCAUUUCGAGGAACAAUACCCCAACAAGCCGCCAGGUGUCAAGUUUAUCAGCCAGAUGUUCCAUCCUAAUGUCUAUGGUACGGGGGAGCUUUGCCUUGAUAUCCUGCAGAACCGCUGGAGCCCGACCUAUGACGUGGCGGCCAUCUUGACUAGUAUUCAGAGUCUACUAAACGACCCUAACACGUCAUCUCCGGCGAAUGUGGAAGCAUCGAACCUCUACAAAGACAACCGAAAGGAAUAUAUCAAGCGCGUGCGUGAGACAGUCGAGAAGAGCUGGGAAGACUAGUUUACUCUCAGCGGAGGAGUUGUCGAGCUCAGUUCUCUCAAGCCGGUGGUUAUUGUUUCUUGUUUUGGAUCGGUCAACAGGAACAAUGUCGUUCACCCGGGAGUCACAAGGGGACGUUAACGACUCUGACGGGUUGUUGAUCUGAAUGUUCUGGCCGAGUUCGUAUUUGACUUCUACCUUAUGUUGACGAUAUGCACAGCGCGGGGUUUUUGGCGCCUGGUGAAUUAUUUAUUUUUGCUGGUUGUGUGGAUAGCUGCAUUGUUUAUUUCUGCCCUGCAUAAUGCAUGAGCCUUUCUUGUCUUUAAAGUCGUCCGAUUCUGCAGCCUGCUCUUCCGUCUUAAAGUGAGCGUAGACAUCUUCUCUCCGUACAGGAAAAUGUAGCUCUAGAUAGAUAUAGCUGAAAGAAAAGCGUUGCGCAUGUG